UGGGCUUCUCAAGAGUAACCUGGAUGGAGAGCGAGAUGACCCUGAAGAGAGAGGGCCAAGGCCCACGAGCAUGAGCAAAGGCUUCAAUCCUGGUAGAUCUGUCCAGUCAAGGGGGCUCCACAGGACCAAGUCUUCAGGCUGGCCACAUCCUUCAGGAACCUGGAGCUUGAAUCAGGGGACACCCUAUGGAUGGGAGAUGACGGCAAACAGAGAUGGGAGAGACUACUUCAUCAAUCACAUGACACAAUCAGCCACAUUUGAAGACCCUCAAAUAGAGAGCUGCCAAAUCACCCCUCCAGCCCCUCGGAAAGUGGAAAUGAGGAGGGAUCCUGUUCUGGGAUUUGGUUUUGUGGCUGGUAGUGAAAAACCAGUUGUUGUACGCUCGGUAACACCAGGCGGCCCUUCUGAAGGAAAACUUAUACCAGGAGAUCAGAUCAUAAUGAUUAAUGAUGAACCAGUCAGCACUGCUCCAAGGGAGAGAGUCAUCGACCUUGUCAGAAGCUGCAAAGAAUCAAUCCUCCUUACUGUUGUUCAGCCUUACCCUUCUCCUAAAUCAGCAUUUAUCAGUGCUGCAAAAAAGGCAAGAUUGAAGUCCAACCCUGUCAAAGUACGUUUCUCAGAAGAAGUCAUUAUCAAUGGCCAGGUGUCGGAAACAGUUAAGGACAAUUCACUUCUUUUUAUGCCAAAUGUUCUGAAGGUAUAUCUUGAAAAUGGACAAACCAAAUCUUUUCGGUUUGACUGCAGCACUUCAAUAAAGGAUGUCAUCUUAACACUCCAAGAAAAGCUUUCCAUCAAGUGUAUUGAACACUUUUCACUGAUGCUAGAGCAAAGAAUUGAAGGAGCUGGAACCAAACUUCUCUUGCUACAUGAACAGGAGACUCUAACUCAGGUGACCCAGAGGCCAGGCUCCCAUAAGAUGAGAUGUCUUUUCAGAAUUAGCUUUGUUCCAAAGGAUCCCAUUGACCUCUUAAGAAGAGAUCCAGUGGCUUUUGAAUAUCUGUAUGUACAGAGCUGUAAUGAUGUGGUUCAGGAGAGGUUUGGACCAGAGUUGAAAUAUGAUAUCGCUUUGAGACUGGCUGCAUUGCAAAUGUAUAUUGCAACUGUGACUACCAAGCAAACACAGAAAAUUUCUCUCAAAUAUAUUGAAAAAGAAUGGGGAUUAGAGACUUUUCUUCCAUCUGCUGUGCUGCAAAGCAUGAAAGAAAAGAACAUAAAGAAAGCACUUUCACACCUUGUCAAAGCAAAUCAAAACCUAGUUCCUCCGGGUAAAAAGCUGUCUGCCCUGCAAGCCAAGGUGCAUUAUCUCAAGUUCCUCAGUGAUCUACGACUGUAUGGGGGGCGUGUCUUCAAGGCAACAUUAGUGCAGGCAGAAAAACGUUCAGAAGUGACAUUGUUAGUUGGGCCACGGUAUGGUAUCAGCCACGUAAUAAACACCAAAACAAAUCUGGUGGCCUUGCUAGCAGACUUCAGCCAUGUGAACAGGAUUGAGAUGUUCACAGAAGAUGAAAGCAGUGUUCGAGUUGAGCUGCAUGUUUUAGAUGUGAAGCCUAUUACUUUGCUAAUGGAAUCAUCAGAUGCGAUGAACCUUGCUUGUUUAACAGCUGGAUACUAUAGACUGCUGGUUGAUUCAAGGCGCUCAAUAUUUAACAUGGCCAACAAGAAAAAUACAGGAAAUCGAGAAGCAGGAAUUGAAAGCAGAGGCAAGCUCCAUGCUCCUGAGUGGAACUGUAUAUCAAAAACUACCACAUUUGCAGCUGAAGGAGAUCGAGAGGCCCAUAUUACUUUUGUGGACCCAAAACAGAAAAUGGCAGAUCUCUCUGAAAGUCCCUUAUGUCAAAAGGACCACAGGCAUCUGUACAUAGAAAAUACCUAUAAUUCAGGUGGAUUUGAUGAGCAGCUAAUAAAGACAGGUGGCCCCACUGAGACGGAAGCAAACAGAGGUUUAAAUCAGCAGUCAUUGCUGUCACUUUCAGGAUUGGAACCAAGCAAGAAAGCUCAGGAUUCACCAAGGGGAGCAAAAGUAUCCUUUAUUUUUGGAGAUCACAGUUUGGAUGGCAUCAGUCCCCAAACUCUUGGCUAUGAAAGACUUUUGGAUGAAAGUCCAGAAGUGUUAGAGAAGCAAAGAGCUAUUUAUAUUAGUAAUGCCAAUGAUAUGAAAGGUCUAGAAUUGUCACCAGAUGCUGAAAGCAUUCAGUUUGCUGCAAAUUCUGUUUACACAAGCAUAAAUGAUGGCAAGAUAUUUGGAGCUGCAGAAGGGAUAGAAGAGCCUUUAUUGCAUGACAUUUGUUAUGCAGAAAACACAGAUGAUGCAGAAGAUGAAGAUGAAGUGAGCUGCGAGGAAGAUAUUAUGGUAGGAGAAAUUAAUAGGCCUGCCAUUCUCAGCCUUUCUGGUUCUAGUGAUGACAUUAUUGAUUUGACCUCACUCCCCCCUCCAGAAGGUGAUGAUAAUGAAGAUGACUUCUUAUUGCAUACCUUAAACAUGGCCAUUGCUGCUCCUCCUCCUGGCUUCAGAGACAGUUCAGAUGAGGAAGACUCUCAGAACCAAACAACACAGUAUAGAGAAGAAAAGGAGCAAGCUAGUGAUCCAGGAGCUGAUGACAUUCCAGUGUCACUCAUUGAUGCUGUCCCUACUAAUGCAGAGGGCAAAUGUGAAAAGGGGCUAGAUGAUGCUGUAGUCUCUACUCUUCAAGCACUAGAAGCUUUGGCUGCUUCCGAGGAACAGCAGACAAAUGACAAUUCAGGUGUAGCAAUCUUGCGAGCAUAUAGCCCUGAGUCAUCUUCAGAUUCUGGCAAUGAAACAAACUCUUCUGAAAUGACCGAAAGUUCUGAACUGGCUACAGCACAGAAACAGUCAGAAAAUUCCACACGUAUGUUUUUGGCCACUAGUGAAGGCUACCAACACCUCAUGGAAGAGCAGACAGAGUUCCCCAUUGCUAAGAAUCAGGCUGGAGGAUCACUAAUGAAAUCCUCACAGUCUUUGACUAAUCGGCAAGCUGCAGAGCUACAAUCAAAAGUUGUGCCUUCAAAGCAGAUUCUUCAUUCAGAUAACAUGGAAAUGGAACCAGAGACUAUGGAAACAAAAUCGGUCACUGACUAUUUUAGCAAAUUGCACAUGGGGUCCUUGGUAUAUUCUUGCACUAGUAAAAGGAAAAAUAAGGUGACUGAUGGAGAAGCAAAAGCAGCCUCUGAUGGCAAUGCAACUGUGAAAAAGCAGCCGGGAAGUAAAAAAGCAGAGACUGAUGAAGACCUAAAAGGUAAAUUUGGUAGUCUUGCAUCAAGAGACAGUCAACGUGUAAAUACUUUUAAUAUGGAAAGACCUGCCUUUCGCCAAAGAUGGUAUGCUGCUUCUGAUGAUGGAGCAGCAGAUAAAUCAAGCUCAGAAAUAGUGAAUGGGAAGACAUUUCCAAGAGUUUCUGGCCUUGGUAAGACAGAAGUUGACUGUAAAGAUGAAGUGGAUCCUGAAGUGGAUCAGGAUGAUACUUUAGGACUUGGCCAGAGUGAAGGCUUUUUGUCUGAUAUGACUAGUGUGUCUUCAGCCAAAGACCUAAAUGACACAGAAGAUGUGGAGUUAUCUGCAGAUGACCAUCCUUCAAAGCUUCCAGAAGCUGAGCAGAGCGUGGCAAGACUUUGUGAAUAUCACUUGGCCAAGCGCAUGUCCUCUCUGCAAAGUGAAGGCCAUUUUUCUCUGCAAAGCUCCCAGUGCUCUUCAGUGGAUGCAGGUUGCAGCACAGGCAGUAGCACUUGUGCUACUCCCGUUGAAUCUCCUCUUUGUACUUCUGAUGUUAAGCACAUUAUUUCUGAUUCAUCAGUUAAGGGUAUUGGCUAUAUCCCAGCAGAUGAAAGAGCUGCCAUUCUUCCAAACCAUGGAGCAACUUACAAGGAGCUACAUCAGCAGUCUGAAGCUGUGUGUCAUAGAAUGACAGUGCCUGUCAUGCAUUCAGCAAUUAACGCUGAACCAUUAUUUGGCACUUUGAGAGAUGGAUGUCAUCGGAUCCCCAAGAUAAAAGAAACUACAGUGUAGCUUUCACAGAGCCUGAAAAUGGAAGACAAGGAGGCAUGCCUUCAGCUUUUCCUAACCAGCCUCCAGUUGACACCAUCAUGCUA